AGGUAGAUCAUGUCAGGGCGGUCUAAGGUAUGGGCGACGUGUAUUGUUGCGACUUUUGCUUUGCUUCUACUUGCACGUAUACCUUACCAUAGCAAUAUACAUACGGCGUAUAAGGGCAAGGCUAGAAGUAAUGUAUUGACCACAAUUUACAAAGCCGAUAGAACAUCCGUUGUGAACCUUGGACCUAAAAUUAACUAUACACGGCCGUCACGAAGAUGUUACGAAGCUCGUUACUACAACAAGUGGUUGAACGCCAGCGAUCUUAAUAUGGAUUCAGAUACGAAGACCUCCCAACCACAAGAGCCUCACAUCACACGACUAAAGGAAAUUUUAUCCCGAUGCGAAUCGUCCCAUUAUAUAAACAAGAGAAUAGAUCUUUCCCGGUUCGUAUUCGACGAUGAACAUAAACUGAUCAUGUGUGUUGUACCGAAGGUAAUUUGACAACGAUUCAGACAGAAUAGAAAUCAAUAAUAGCGUAUUUAAACAUAAGAGAGAUGCAUUGAUUUGUUCAGCGUAAACGUGUAUUCAUGUAACGUUACGUAAGUGAUACUUUUGCAUCAGUAUAACGCGUAUAUAACACUUACUGCAUAGGACAGUUUUAAACAACAUUUCGAUCGCUUGUUACUUACAAAAAUCACGUAAUUUGUGAACCGAGGGUCAUAAGAUCGAACCCGGGAUCGUUAGGACAU